AAAAAAAAAAUCAUCCGUUAGAUCCACACAGAUCUAACACCAAAUAUUAUCCAACGGUUCGGAGUGCAUUCCAAUAACUUAUUUCUUGAAUAUACUUUUUCCUCUUCUCCCUUUUCUCCUCCAAAAAAAUCCCUUUUUUUUUCAACGGCCGACCGGUGCUGACGUACCAGAGACGCUUCCUUUUUCAUUUCUCUCAUUUCCUUUCACCAGAUCUUAUCUUCCAUUUCCAUGGCUGCUCCACCUGCAAGAGCUCGAGCCGAUUACGAUUACCUCAUAAAGCUCCUUUUGAUCGGCGACAGCGGUGUGGGAAAGAGUUGCCUCCUUUUGCGUUUUUCAGAUGGCUCAUUUACUACAAGUUUUAUCACGACAAUUGGAAUUGACUUUAAGAUAAGGACUAUAGAGCUUGAUGGGAAAAGGAUCAAACUGCAAAUUUGGGAUACUGCUGGGCAAGAGCGGUUUCGAACAAUCACAACUGCUUACUACCGUGGAGCUAUGGGUAUUUUGCUUGUGUAUGAUGUGACUGAUGAGUCGUCUUUCAAUAACAUUAGAAAUUGGAUUCGUAAUAUUGAACAGCAUGCAUCAGACAAUGUCAACAAGAUUCUGGUGGGUAAUAAGGCUGACAUGGAUGAAAGCAAAAGGGCUGUCCCUACCUCAAAGGGCCAAGCCCUUGCUGAUGAAUAUGGCAUCAAGUUCUUUGAGACCAGCGCAAAAACGAACUUAAAUGUUGAGGAGGUUUUCUUUUCAAUAGCUAGGGACAUUAAGCAAAGACUUGCAGAUACUGACUCGAGGGCUGAGUCUCAGACAAUCAAAAUUAACCAACCAGACCAGGCAGGAGGUGCUGCGGCAACUGCUCAAAAAUCAGCUUGCUGUGGUUCUUGAACAAACUAUGUUGAGGAUGAGAUCUGAAGAGUGAAGGGUCAUUCUCCUCUCUAGGGAACUGUUUUGGUUCGGGAAAACUAAUUUUGCUACAACUAUAAAUGUUCGUGUUUGUAUUCUCCUGCCUAUCAUUAUUUCAUAUCUGCUACUCUUUGCUAUCAAUGUUAGAUCCUCGGUAUUUUGCAAAAUUAAUUAUUUAGAUUAUUUUUCGUAAAUAACAUGUGUGUUUGAAAGUAAAUAUGUCAACCAUUUUGAUAUUUGGAGUUGAAAUUUAGAACUCCCCUAGUAACUGUCUGUCUAUCUUGAGACUAUAGAUUUGAUACAUAGUCGGAUUCUCUUACUACUUUGUUAAUGCAUCAAGGAAUCAUCAGAUAAUGUUUUUUAUUUCCCCGUCAUGAGCAACACUAGUUUGUUUACAAAGAAGCAUUUUUCUGACAUCAUUAUUCUAGCAUUGGAAUGAGUAGUUUCGUGUAUAAUCUUUUAUAGAACUGCAGGCGUGCUACACUUCUGCCAUGUUUUGGUUUUUGAGAUUUCUCUUUGGUUCCUUUACGACCACGGAGAUAUAG